AAAAGAGCAAGUUAUUUUAUUUACCUCUCACAAAGGAGAAUGCUAUAAAGAUUCUCACUCCCAAAAUGUCUUUUUCAAAGCAGCCAGUUGAAAUCCAAAUAAAACAACUGUGAAUGCACACGUUGGUUCUAGACCUACUGACCUGUAUAAAGAAAUCUCCAGAAGCUGCUGUCCAGCAUGUUAGCAGAAUCGCAAACAACUGACUUGACUUGUCAGGGCAAGUCCUUUGCCCCAAAAUUAUUGGCCCAUGAAGCCCCCACACAGAGAAGCAUGACUUAGGCUAUGGGCACUGAACCAUAUAGGUCCAUCCAUGUUCGAAACCCAACUGUGCCAUCCUGUCUGUGAGAACCGGUCUUGACUCCAAUGAAGUAGCUCGCCUUAGGUGGGUCACGUUGCAUUGUUAAGGCAGACCUGGGGCAAGAACCUAAGGAGGUCGCUUGUUCUUUCCAUCUGCCUACUGACCAGGCAGCGAGUCCCCAGUUCAGCUAUCCCCCAUGCCGGGGGCGCCUUUGUCCCUCCCACUCACCAGAGAGCAUCCGCGGAAGUGACCCGCGGGUGGGGGGCAGCCAGAAGGGGGGUGCAGUCCGUGGGGGGUGGGCGCGAGCAGGAGGGGAAAGAGGGGCGGCCGGGUGGUGAUUGGCUGGGCUAGCCAGGCAGCUCCCGGCCAAGAACAAAAGAGAGCAGGCGGCGGGCGUCCUCGGAGUAGGCGCUCCCACCCGCCGGGCACCGGCUUCGCUGCUGCGGGAGGACGCGCCCACUAGCAGCCGGCGGAGCAAGGCAGGCGGCGCGCGUGGUUUCUCCGAGAAAGCCGGCCGUGCACCUAGGAAUUAACCGGCCGGCGCGCGAGGGGAGGGAAGCGGGGCGGGCGAGGGGUGGAGGGGGGAAUGCUGAGCGCGCGCGAGAACAAUAAUAAGAUCGUGUUUGCGGUCGCUGCCCGAGGAGGAAUUCGGAGGAGGCGCGAGGCCCGGAGCUCGCACGGAACCCAGAAGCUCGGCGGGGAGGCGGCGGCUGCAUGAGGCUGGCGACGCGGCUCCUGUGAGCAGCGCGCGGUGGUAGCGGCGGCGGCGGGACUCGGCGCGGCCGGACACGGGCUCCCCUCCCCCGCAGCCGGGCGGGGAUCUGCCAGGCCUGCGGUGCCCCCCGCCCACCGCUUGCCUCGGCCUCUGCCUCGCUGCUCUCCCUCGUCGGAGCGGCCGCUCGAGCGCCCGGCUCGAGGCCCGCGGGAAGCGCGGCGCGGUCCGUCGUCCCGCGGAGGGGCGGCCUCCCGGCAUCUUCGCGGCGACCAAGGACCAGCGGGCAGGGGAACCAACGGGAUGGCGCGUCCGCGGCCCCGCGAGUACAAAGCGGGAGACCUGGUCUUCGCCAAAAUGAAGGGCUACCCGCACUGGCCCGCCCGGAUUGAUGAACUCCCAGAGGGCGCCGUGAAGCCUCCAGCAAACAAGUACCCUAUCUUCUUUUUCGGAACCCAUGAAACUGCAUUUCUAGGUCCUAAAGACCUUUUCCCAUAUAAGGAAUACAAAGACAAGUUUGGAAAGUCAAACAAACGGAAAGGAUUUAAUGAAGGAUUAUGGGAAAUUGAAAAUAAUCCAGGAGUGAAAUUUACUGGGUACCAGACAAUUCAGCAACAGAGCUCUUCAGAAACUGAGGGAGAAGGAGGGAACACUGCAGAUGCAAGCAGUGAGGAAGAAGGUGACAGAGUAGAAGAUGGAAAAGGCAAGAGAAAGAAUGAAAAAGGAGGCUCAAAACGGAAAAAGUCCUACACUUCAAAGGUCACUGAAAACCUCCUCCUCCUGUUACUGUUUCCUGCAUACUCACUGAAGCUUUCAGAUUGGGUGGGAGGUAUUGCUCUUUGGCAAAGUACCUGCCUAGAACAUACUGUUCAGGCCCACUUCCCACCCCCCACCCCAGCACACACUACAAACUUUAGGGGCAGUAGUAAAUUGAGAGAGAACACCAAAACCCCCAGGUAGUAAGGGAGUCAUUUCUGACUUCUCCUCAAGGCUGACUUGCCCUGAAAGUACCACAAGCUUAGUUGAAGGAGGAAAGUUAAGCAUAUAGGCUGAGCCAGACACUGAAUUGAACGGGUUGUGCAGGAGUGAGCAGUAAAAUCGACUCCAUAAAAAAGGAGAGGGAACAUACUAACAAGUUAAUAAAUAAAUGUAAAUUGUGAAAGGGGUUCUGAAGGAAAUGAAUGAGACCAAGAAAACACAUACUAGGAAAGUGGCCAGGCCUUUCUGUAAAGGCACAGCUUAUGCUAAAGACUUGAAAGAAGGGUGAAAGGAGAGCCUUGUGCGGCAGAGGAAAAGGAACAGAGCAGGAAACCUGAGAAGGCAAAGUCUGACACACACCUAAACACAGUGCAGGCGUGCCCAGGCCCUCAGUAAAGAGAGACAGGUAAAUGCUGCCUAGGGCAGACUGUAAGCUGCUCCAGUGAGUCUGGAUUUUAUUCCAAGUGUAGCAGCAGUGACAUGGUGAUUUACAAAAGAAAAAACUAGGUGUGUUAUACAGUAUUGCAGAUAUGCAAUCAAAAAACACCCGUGACAUUUUUGAAAACUAUUCUGUAGGCACUGAAAGCAAGAAAAAUGGAUCCUGGAAGACCUAAGGUUCAAGAUUCAGUAGAGUCUAACUCAUAAUUGAAUACUUGACGAAAUUACUUCUACUUAGAUUCUUGUAUUUAGUGGCUGAAUAUAUUUAGAAAUCAUCUGAGAAAACAAGUACCAAGCGUUUCUCCAACUAUUAAAAUAUGAUUUUGGCAAUCUUUAAAAUCCACCUUACUGACAUGCAGGUAAAAUUGUAUGCAUGCAUUAUUUCCUAUGUACCUGAUUGUGUUAUUCUCUAUGGACCUUAUUGACUACACACGUGGUCGCUGGAGCUGGGGAGAUUGCUGAAGUGGGUAAGGUGUUGCGUGGCUGUGAACUCAUUAGCUGGGCAGGUAGGUGAAGCAAGAUGAUCCCUGGAGAGGGCUUGCUGGUCAGCCCGAUCAGAGAACUCCAGGUUCAUUCAGAGACCCCAUCUAAAACUAGAAGGUAGAUUCAGGCCCUUUGAGGAUAUCUGUGUUCUGGUAGAUAACCCUAUACCUGUGAACAUACAGGCUAAGUGGACACAGUGGGCAUUAAGUUAAAUUUAAAAAACGAACAAAACAAAACAGCACAAGCACAUGCAUUUGGGAAGGAAAGCAGUGGGAGGGGCAGAGAAGGAGUUGAACAUACAUGUGCAUGCACACACAAACCACAAUAAGCAAGCAAACAAGAAUGAUUACUUUUGAUGGGGAUAGAGUUUAUAAAUGGUUAAAAAAAAGUCCCUCUCAAUGUUUCUUCCAUUGCAUUUAUUUUUAGACUGAAUUUCUAUUAGCAUUUUGGGUUUCACUUAAACAUCCAUUUGAGUUAUUUUUAUUUAAUUGAUUGCCUGCUGAGCUUCUAUGGAAUGUGUUUGCAACCCUAAUUUAUGUAAAAGCUACAUAAGGUUUGUAGACUUUCAACAGUGAACAUGGGACCUUUAAAUGUCAUUAUGUCACUGCGUGUUUUAAAGAUCAACAGUAUGAAGGCUUGUAGUUAGGAUGGAGUUAACACUUCACAGCAGUGAAGGCGAGGGCUAAAGUUUAAAUGUUUAGAUGACUAUUUAAUUUUAUUUAAAUUACAUUUAAUUUCUGCUUUCACUGUCUCUUAAGAACUGUUUGAUAUUUUUUUUUUUUUUUUUUUUUUUGCUGUUGAUGUUUUGCACAAUGCUAGGCAAACGCUCUACCCCCUGAGCUACAGCCCAGCCCAGAAAUUUAACUUUAUAACGUUUGUGUGUUAGAGUGGAGGAAGGGUUACUUUGUUGUUGUUUUGGGUUUUAGUUUUUGUCUUUUUUUUUUAUUCCCUUGUAGAGGAACAGUCUCUGGCCACACAGAUAUAAACACAAUUUAUAUCCCAGGCUAGCCUUGAACUCAUGGUGUUCUUCUUGCCUCAGACUUCAAAACGAUGUGAUUGCAGUAUGUGCCCAGAAGCUAGUCAGAACUCAGCUUUUUACUGCUUUUUACUGCCAGUGUGACAUAGGGAGUCUCAUGUGUAUCAUAAUCCUGUGGAAAACUGUUGACAUGACUUUCAGGCCCCAGCACUGCUAAUUCAGAACUUUGAGCAAAGGACGGGGAAUGUAGUUCCUAUGUCUGCGGUGUGGGAAUAGUACUGGAGAGACUGCUUCCUGCUGUAACCCCGGUACUUUUUCUGGAUUCCCACUGUUUUCUUUUUGUUGAAUGUGCUGAAUUUCUCUUUUGAGUAGUCUCCUUUGCACUUAAAAACUAGUAGUCAGUAAACUUUCUACAACACCCCAGUUAGGUAAAGGGUUAUCUCACAACUUCUCUAUUUACCUAAUUUCUUUUACCUGUGAGGGAAAACAAUUUCAAUAAUCAAAAAGCCAAAGUACAACAAAUCCGAAGAAAAUUAUAUAUCUUUUAAAUAAAGAUAUGGCUGAUUCAUAUUAAGCACUAGCAGAUAAUGAAAAUGUAGAUAUUUGUAUGCAAAUGAUUUACACUUAAGGUUACAGUUAAUCAAAUUCUUAAAUUAGUAAAGAUGCUAAAAGAACAAGAAUUUUAGUUAACAGAGUAACAAUUAGAUAUAAAACCAACUCAAAACCACACUAAUAAAAUAAAUGAUAAACACCAAUUUCAAACAAACAUAUAGGGAUUAUGAUCUGAAGAGAUUUGCAAAGUUAGUUUGGCAGCUAGACUUCCUGCUAAGAUACUAAAUAUGGUUGCCCAUUAACGGAAGUACAGUGAUGCCCAGUUCCCAUUAGUACUGAGACUCGGUGUUUGUCAUGCCCAGGGCUGAGGGGCACGUGCUCAGUGUCACUCACAGACACCCUGCACAGGAGAUGGAUACUGUGGUGUGCGUUAGGCUGAGUGGCAGGUCAGCACUGUUACUUGAGGGUUGCUGGAUAAUGCACUUAACACAUUCAUCUGUUACAUGAUAUUACUAAAUGAAAAGUUACCUAUAUAUUGUCAUAUGGAAUCUUUAACUGACCCUGCUCCAAUCUUUUUUAAUAAAUCUUUUUUUUAAUCUAAAAGUUAAAAGUGAUAGCAUUUUAAACUAAUAUUUUGAGUGCUGUUUAUAGUUUUAGUAAAGUAAAAUAGAAGCGGUGUAAUGUUUUCUGUCCUGUAACUGGAUGAUCUCUCUUUGUAUUUUACAUUUAUUUAUUUAAAUGUGUGCGUGUGCCGCCUGCAUGUGCGUAUGUACAAUACAUGUGUGUAUUGCCUGUAGAGACCAGAGUGGGGCUAUGGAUCCUCUGGAACCGGAGUCACAGAUAGUUGUAAGCCAUCAUGUCAGUGCUGGGAACUGAACCCAGGUUCUCUACAAGUAAAUUCACUGACCCAUCUCUUCAGUCAACAGAACAGAAACCCAAAACCUGAUGAUGUAGGUAAGGGGCUGGAGACGUGGCUCAGAGACUGCAAGCACAUGCUGUCUUGCAGAGAACCAGAGCUGGGUUCUCAGUACUCACAUCAGGUUGCUCACAAGUGCUUAUACCUGCACCUGCAUGUGCACACACGCACUUACGCACACACACACACACACACACACACACACACACACACACACACACACACACAAGCAAAAAUGAUAUAAUUUUUAAAAUCUGAUUGUAUGAGGGGCUCAAGUUUAGUAAUUCAUUUCUGGAAGGCCAAAAAAUGAUUUGGCUGAGUCCAUUUACCUUAGUUUUUGUUUGCAAAGUAUUUGAAGAUUAAUUUCCUUUAAAUUUUCCUCUCCCCUUUUGACUUCUUUCCCUAGAGAAAUGGUCGCAUGUAACCCAAGUUGGUCUCAAACUCAUCGUGUAGUCCAAGGUUGCCCGAGAACUUGUGAUCCUCCUUUCUCUCUCUCCUGAGGGCUGGGGUUACAGACCUGCACCCUCAUAACCAGAAUAUAUACUGCCAGAGAAUUAAACCCAGAGUUUGCUGCAUGCUAGGCGGGCACUACUAACUGAGCUAUAAUUUCAGCCCUCAAAAUUUAAGAGGAAAAUGGAUCUGACAGAUGAAAAGGCAAAAAAAAAAAAUGUUAAAGGGACUGCAUUAGAACAAACUGUCUGACUUCUCUACCUAGUGGUCUUUCACACAAGCCAUUAGUCAUUGUUUAUAUGCUUAAAAUUGAAUGCAUUUUUUACUUAGAAAAACAAACAAAAAACAACAAACCACUUAAGAGCAGUCAUCAAGGUGAGUGAAUUCACUUGCUACCAAGCCUGAUGACCUCAGUUAGACUCAGGAAUCAUUUGAUUGGAGGACAAAGUUAGCUCCCACAGGUUAGUCUCUGGCUUCCACACAUGCCAUUGUCGGUAUAUACACCAACACAAAAACAUACACAGUAAAUACAUUAAUUAUAGAAAGUCAGGGCUGGAGAGGUGGCUCAGCGGUUAAGAGCACUGACUGCUCUUCCAGAGGUCCUGAGUUCAAUUCCCAGCAACCACAUGGUGGCUCACAGCCAUCUGAGAUCUGAUGCCCUCUCUGGUGUGUCUGAAGACAGCUAAACUGUUCUUAUAUAAAUAAAUUAAAUAAAUAAAUAAAUCCUUAAAAUUUUCAAAAAAA